AUGAAGUAUACUUCCAAUGCACUACCAACACUUGCUGAUGUUGAGUUCAUUUACUGUCCUGUGCUCGUGGUUAUUGGAGUGUCUGUUAACUUGUUGGCGAUUGUGAUUCUGUCGUGGAGGAACUGCGGUCUCUCAAGAUGUAUGACGUGCUACCUGGUAGCAAUGGCGGUGGCUGAUUUCUUCGUUGUCAUAUCUGAUGUGCUGUUGAGGUGGCUUAUAAUGUAUUUCCCAGUGUCGUUCCUGGAUAUUACUUAUGUCUGUUGUUUGAUUAUGGUUCUUAUUCCUGCAACCACAAUUAAUUCUGUUUGGUUGACUGUUGCUUUCACAUUUGAUCGAUUUGUGGCUAUUUGCUGCCAGAAGCUUAAAACCAAGUACUGCACCGAGAAAACUGCAGUCAGGAUUAUUGCAACAGUGAGUGUGCUGAGCUAUUUGGAAAGCAUUCCCUGGUAUUUCAAGUUCCAACCGGAGUACAUCUUCAAUAACUUGCCAUGGCUUUGUGUCAUAAAACCAGAGUAUUACACUUCAAUCUUCUGGACAUUAUAUGGUGUAUCCCAUCGUGUUCUAUCCCCUACACUACCAUUCGUUAUUAUUCUUGUUUUGAAUACUCUGACCGUCCGACAUGUUUUAGUAGCAAGCAAAGCCCGCAGGAGACUCCAGAAGGACAGUGACAGGGAGAAGACCAGUGACCCAGAGAUGGUCAAACGCAGAAAAUCCAUCAUAUUACUCUUUGCAAUCUCAGGCAGCUUCAUUAGUUUAUGGUUCCCUUACUGUAUAUGUUUCCUUUAUCAACGAAUUGCAUUAGUACAUGAUUAUUCUCCAUUGUCCCCAACCGUAGGCACCAUCGGAUACCUGCUGCAGCUCCUUAGUACAUGCACAAACACGUGCUUGUACACAGUGACCCAGACGCAAUUCCGAGAGCAGCUAAAAGCAGUUGUGAAGCUCCCUUUCACUCUGGUUCUCAGAUCCAUCAAACAGUAA